AUCAAAUAUACUUUAUUUUAAACUUGAUUUUUUAAAACUAAAAGUGUUAUGUGGAUUUAAAGUGUUAUUAUUAUUAUAAUUAUUAAAGUUAAUUAAAUAUUAUUAUUUAUUAUUAAUUAUAAACAAAAAAAAAUACUUUAAAAAUUAAAUGAUAGAACCUGGUGCAAUGGUACUGGGCAUCAGCCCAUGUCAUUGCAGAAUAAUAAGCGUAUGGAGUGUUGUCAGUUGAUGUAUAGUAAAUAAUAGUAAAUGAUUUGUUUGUAGUGGUGAUUAAAUGCGGCUGGUGAGGGAAGAGGAAGAAGAAGAAGAAGAAGAAGAAGAAGAAGACGAAGAAGAGCCAGAAGAAGAAUAAUAAUAUAAGCUAGCAAAGUUAAGAGGAAGAAUAAGAAGCAGCGUACAAGUACAGGCCACCGACCUGUACCCAUGACCGAGCCGAGUGUUGUGGCACUGGUGUAGCCUAACUUCUCCGAGGAGGCGGGGGCCGCAUUACAACCUCUCUUCUCAGCUCCUCAUUUUAUUACACUGUAUGUAGACUGAGAUAAAUAGAGAAGGUCUUUCUCACACAGUUAAGACUCACGCUAGGUACUAGGUACUGCUAAAAAAUAGCGGACGCUUUUUUGGUUAAAGUUUAAGUUAUAUAUGCGAUACGAUGCGCAACGGGUUUUAUUCGGUUGUGCGCCGUUUAGUGCUUAUAAUUAUUUGAUGCCAUCAAGUGGAUUCUGCAGAUCAGUGCUUCGAUUUUAUUUUUUUAUUUUUAUUGUUAUUAUUAUAAUCAUUUUUAUUAUUACUAUUAUUAUUGUUAUUAUUAUUACGACAAGUACUGUUAGUGAGGACUGUAAAUAUGGCCCGAGUCUGGCAAGGAAUAUUUUUGCUCAACCAGUUUUAACCUAAAAGUAAAAUAUUUUAGAGAUAAAAUAUUAACGAGUGACAAUGGAGACGCUGUUGCCAGGACACACGACUAAUCAGUCGUACAGCCCGCAACUGAAGACAGUCUUGAAGACAUAUCAGCUGUCUGCAGUUAAAAGCCUGCAGGGACCGAGUUCCGCCCUGCUGGGAAUGGACUGCAAGAAUUUACUCCAAGAGCAGUUUCAUUUUUCGUCACUGAGAUGCUCGGACACUUGCGAGGGGAAUCUUGACAAGGAUUCCUGCAAGGGGAAAGAGUUUAUCAGAGACCGGUUGGAUGUAGUGGAAAGAUUAGACCGCGAGGAUUCUGAAGACUCUCAGACAGAGAGGGUGAAGGUUGACAAACGGGAGCUCGAGUUCCAGAUCCCGAUUCUGACAGCUCCGGACCAGAGCUGCUCGGAACGGUGCGAGACCUUACUGGAGAACGAGCGGAUUUCCUGCUUUGUAGUCGGAGGCGAGCGGAGACUCUGCUUGCCCCAGAUCCUCAACACCGUGCUUCAGGACUUCUCGCUCCAGCAGAUCAACCAGGUUUGCGAUGAGCUGCAGAUCUACUGCUCGAGGUGCACUCACGACCAGCUGGAAGAAUUGAAGCUUUCAGGAAUUCUUCCUAGGAACGCGCCCUCCUGCGGGCUGAUCACUCAGACCGAUGCUGAGAGACUGGUCAGCGCGCUGCUCCUUCGCACUGAGACCAGGGAGCUGCAUCCUGAAGAGGUGUUGCUCAAACAUCAUCGGGAGGAUAAAGAGCUUGGGCUGUGUAAGAAGGAGGAGCUUGAUGACUCGAUCGUCAGGUUUAAAGUGUACCACGAGUGCUUUGGCAAGUGCAAGGGGGUCUUUGAUGCUGAUCUCUUUGACUCUGAGGACUCCGCGUGCAUUGAAUGUCUCGAGUGCGGUGGACAGUUCUCGCCUCAGAGGUUUGUUAGACACGCUCAUCGGCCUCUCGAGAACAGGACUUGUCAUUGGGGGUUUGAUUCUACUAACUGGCGGUCUUAUUUACUCUUAUCUAGGGACCAGCCGCAUUAUACUAAAGUUGUUAGUUUGUUUCGGAAUCUCAAGGAUAGAUAUCCUGUUCCUAAUUACAGCAAGAGAAAAGCUCCGGAGAUAAGGCAUGAUAUUGAGAAAUUGCCCAAACGUAUGAAGAAAGAAUUGAACCGCGAUGACUGCGGUAUAUAUGCCAGCAAUAAUGGAUUGAUGUAUCCAGUAUCAGCGACCGGUACCGACGGUGAUCCUUAUUUAAUGCAGUGGGCUGUUUUUGAAUUAGCUGCACGUGGUGCAUCGGCAUUUAGACCUUGGAAUGCUGCUGCUGCUGCUUCAUGUAAACAUAGAGAUAAUUCACCACUGGUGCCUGCAUAUCUAAGCCGUGGUCCACCGGUGCUGCAACACCCAGAGCGUGUGGUCCCACUAUCAGAUUGCGAGCGCUUUGAACCCCAUUAUCAGCCGAACGUAGCCUUGGCACCAGUGCCGACGCCAUCGAUAACGCCAGUCCCGCCGUCAUUAUCAUCAGGCAUACCAGUACCUGUAGUCGCUCCGCGACGUCAUUACCACGAGAAAAGGCAUCAUCACCGGUCGCUCAGCCCGGAGGAUAACAACAAACUAGACACCGUUGUUAUAAAGGUAGAAAAACCUUCGUCACCUGCACCUGAACAAGAUAUUGUUGAUAAUUAUCAAUCAUCGACACCAGAUCCUCACGAUAAUGACAACAACAAUCCUCUUGGUAAUGAUAAUAAUGAUAAUGAUAUCGACAAACAAGACAGUGUUAUUGUCAACGAUAUUAAUCACGAUAUCAGUCACACUAAUGACACUGACACCGACAAGGCUGAAGAAAAAUCCAAAACGACUGACGAAGAAGAAAGCAGCGCCGUUACAUCAUCGACAGUCAACGUCGAGCCGACUGACUCUCUUUCUUCAGCAAGUUCUUCUUCAGCAUCUCCAGAAUUGUUCGACCCUUCGGCGCUUGUCGACUUGGAAGAACGGCUCGUCACCUUAAAAGUUCCCCAGGAUGUGUUGACGCUCGCCAAAAAAGUCACCAACGAGUUUCGGCAGUUGUUGCUCCAACGCAACAACGAUUUGCGCGAAAUUAAACGCCUGAAAGAUCAGUUGAAUAAUUUUAAUCAUAAUCAUAGUUGUAAUAAUAAUAGUAAUAAUUUAUUACCGAGUAAUGAUUGUAAUGAUAUUAAAGCUGAUAAUGAUACCAAUGUUGUUGUAGACAGUACUGAUACCGUUGAUGAUCCGAGUAAUGAAUUUGCUGAUAGUAAGGAGCCUGAAUCUGUUGUACCGAAAACUACCGACAGAUAAUUAUAUUGAGAAAGAUUAAUUAUUUUACUUUUAGAUUUAUAAACCGGGAUUUUUAGUGAUGAGAUUAUUGUGACGGAAUAUCUGUGCUGUGAGAACGUCAUGGGAAGUUCGGCGCACGAGCAUUAUGUGUGUGAUCUAACACGAGUCGAAGUUUGAGCUCUGGGUAGCAUCACAAAAUAUCCACG